CUGGAUCUGUUGGACCAAAGCAAAUGUAAACACGUCAUAAAAACUCUUAAACCAGGGCAGAAGACCUUCACAGUUAUGUGUGCUGGCCCAGAAAGAGGAGGGAGAGAUGCCUGUCAAGGGGAUUCUGGGGGUCCUCUUCUCUGCCCCAGAGCAGAUGGACGGUGGGUAGCUGUGGGGGUCACAUCAUGGGGUAAGGGCUGCGGUCGAAGUUGGAAUAAUAACAAGUUCAAACCCGGAUCCAGAAGAGGCUCACCUGGAGUAUUCACUGAUGUCUUAAUGUUCCUGUCAUGGAUCAAGUCAAAUCUUAGAAAAGGUUUGGACAGGUCUCUGUGCAGCGUACCUGAUGGAGUGGUUGUUGGAAAUGAAGGUGUCAUCAGAAAUCCAGUUCUUCCAGGACAAAGUUACAAUAACAAUGAAAUGUGUUUGUGGUUCAUUCAAGUCACCACUGGUCAGCAAAUUCUACUGAAGUUCAUUGAGAUUGACCUGGAGAAUGACACCCAAUGCCAAAACGACCAACUGACUGUGUAUGUGGAUGAAAGUAGGCAAAUUGGACGGUUCUGUGGUAGUCAGCCUCCUUCCCCGAUUCUUAUUGGUGCUUCCCAUAAUGUCAAAGUACAAUUUGCAUCUGACAUAAGCAGCACAGGUGCAGGAUUCACAAUCCAGUUCAGUGGUGUUCCUGAGGACUACAGUUUUGGGGCUGAAUGUGGAACAGUAGUGCUGCUAGAGCCCAAGGGGGCUGUAAAAAGUCCCGCCUAUCCACAAGCCUACAGCAACAACAGCCUUUGCCGGUGGGUCAUCUAUGCCCCGAAGGGCCACAUAGUUAAGGUAAAAACAACUCUGUAGCCCCUGUGUUGGCUCAGUCGG